CCGAAAUGCGUCAGUCUCUCCCACGUUAGAUUGAACAUGGCUGCAGCCGGGAACGCCGCAGUGCAGCAACAACAAUUGAACCAAGCUGCAUUGCAACAAGCGCAGCCGCUGCUUCAGGGAGCAACGCUCCAACAGCAGCAGCUCAGCCAACAGCAGGAUUUCGACCCUGUUCACAGGUUCAAAAUGCUGAUCCCACAGCUAAAAGAAAGCCUUCAGAAUGUCAUGAAGAUUGCAUCUCAGAAUCUAGCACACAAUACCACCAUUGACAAUGGCAUUAAGAGCAGCGAUGCUUCAGUCCAGCGGUUUGACAAGAGCUUGGAAGAGUUUUACGCUCUUUGUGACCAGCUAGAGUUGUGUCUGAGGCUGGCUUACGAGUGUCUCUCCCAGAGCAUCGACAGUGCCAAGCACUCUCCCAACCUAGUGCCCACGGCGACCAAGCCAGACACAGUGCAGACAGAGAGCCUCUCAUACACCCAGUACCUGAGCAUGAUCAAAUCCCAGAUCACCUGCGCCAAGGAUAUCCACAACGCACUGCUGGAGUGUUCCAAGAAGAUCGCAGGCAAGGGGCAGCCCCAGGGAACUCUCUGACAUGCUUUCCAUAGCUGCCCGAGACCCUUGCAGGAUGUGCACCACGAAUUCUUUCUACCCGGCGGAAAGUCCCCCUGCAAUAAUGUUUGUUUUACAGUAUAUUAAAACUUAAAGAAUAAAUAUCUUCGAAUGUAAA